GAAUCAGCCUAAAGCUGACCCUGCACGUGGCCAGCCUGCCUUUCUUUUUGUAAAAAGCAACAAAGAGUCUUGAGGCACCUUAUAGACUAACAGAUGUAUUGGAGCAUAAGCUUUCUUUUUGUAAGCACGCGGGUAAAGGCAGCUCGUUUUUAGCCGUUAGGAUGCAAGACUGGUGCUUGUCUACUACUGACUGAAAUACUCUGGUUUGAGUUUGGGGCCAUAGGCAUUACCUACCCACUCACACUAUACUGUCACUAUGAAUGUCUAAUAGAACCAAGAACCUCCCAGCACUGUGUAUUGAGCAGGAACGAUAGUUGUAGUUGCUCCUCUCUGUUGCAGCUGCCGGUGCGUCAGAUUCUCCGGUAGCCUUUGUCUCCAGCCUUCUGUUGAACAGUUUUGAUUUUGCAAACUGCCCCUGGCAAGACGGUACCAGCAGGGACGUGCUGUGUCUUGCUUAUCAGCUGCUAUUUUGUUGGGCAGCUCCUUCCCCUUUGCGCCUUUCAAAAGUCACUAGCGGGGCAUGCAGCGGUGCGAGGAUACAGCGACGUCAAACCGGAGCAAGCGUGCGUGGCGCCGGCCCAUCUGUUGACAGCAGCGGUAGCGUCCACUCGCGCAGUUGCACCGGGGCCACGUACCCCGCUUAAUUAAACCGAUGCAACGUCUGGGGCGGGUCCUCGGCGCUGGCUCGCAGAGGAACUCGCGGCUCCUCCAGCCCGACCCGGGCUCGCUUGGCAGGAGCGGAGCGCCCCAGCCUGGCCGGGCAAAGCUACAGCCGCGCGUGCGGCGCUGGCCGGGUACCGGCCGGGGCAGGAAGCACGCGCGCGGCCGGCUCUGUGACGUAGCGUCUGCACAGCGUUCUGUGCCAGGCUGCGCCCCCACCUGUCGCCACCCUCCUCGCCCUUUAUGCCGGCGGGCCUCUGCCGUGGCGUCAUGGCUGGCCCCGCCCCGCCCGUGUCGGCAUUGGGCCGUCCCGGCUGACGUUGCAUGGGAGGCGAGGCUGUGCGGAAGCGGUAGGGUCGAGGCGAGGGAGCAGCGGGCGUAGGUGGCGGCGAGCGCUGUUGCUGCUGCUGCCCACCCUCAGCCGGGAGGGGCGGCGGGGCGCGCCCCGCUCACGUGAGAAAGAGCCGGCUCCUAACUUCGGCAGUGCCGGGAUAGCCGGGUCCCUGUACCCUUCCCCGCGGGAGUCUCCAUCUCAUGCUGGCCAGGGCAAGCGGGAGCCACAGUUGCCUGAGGAAUCAGCUGCAGGAAACUUGGGAAAAGGUCGAAGGGUCCGAGAUGGAGGAGCCGCUCUGCUGCUGCGAGUACAUUGACCGAACGGGGGAAAAGAACCAUCUAGUGGCCUGUUUCUGUGACUGCGAGGACCUCGAUGAGGGCUGUGAAAGGUGGCUGACGUGCAAAUCUUUGUCCCCGGGGACUUUAGAGAGAAUUGCAGACACCAUUUUGGAUCGCUUCCGCAUUCCCUGGCUUAAGGGGGCCAUAAAGAUCAAUAUCACCCUGCUCCCACCACUCGUCCUGCUGCCAGUCUUCCUCCACGUAGCAGCUCUGCACUUCCUGUUGGCACUUGUUAUUCUGACAUCCCUUCCUGUGGUGGUGCUGUGGUACUACUACCUCACACACAGGAGGAAGGGACGGACUCUCUUCUUUUUGAGCCUGGGGCUGUUCUCUCUGGGGUACAUGUAUUAUGUGUUUCUCCGGGAAGUGGUUCCGCGAGGCCAUGUGGGGUACACGCAGGUGGUUAUUCUCACCUGUGGGCUAAUUCUCAUGCUUGUGGCCCUGUCUCAAGCCAAGAGAGACCCUGGCUACCUUGCCAGCCAAAUGAGCAAUGACAAAUCACCAUGCCAAGGCAGCAAUGGCUUGCCAAACAGGAAAGUCCUGGGGAGCUCCAAUGGGCUUCACGGAGCGGCUGUGUCUGGCAUUGCCAGCUGUCAUGCUAAGAACGAUGAUGCCAAGGGCUAUUCCAGAAUGCUGGCCGAGGGACUAGACAAAGCAAAGGAGGACUGGUGCACCAAAUGUCAGCUGAUUAGGCCACCUCGGGCUGGACAUUGCCGGUUGUGUGGCAUAUGUGUAAGGAGACUGGACCAUCACUGUGUCUGGAUUAACAACUGCGUAGGGGAGCGGAACCACCGAGCCUUUAUCCUUGCGCUAUCACUCUUCCUGCUCACCUCCAUUUACGGAAUUACACUGACCCUGGACACCAUCUGUAGGGGCCAAAAUAUGUUCAUAGCGCUGUUCUACUGUCCAGAGACCUAUGCAGACUACAGCUCUGCUCUGUCAUUCACGUGUGUGUGGUACUGUGUCAUUGUAACGGCCGGGAUGGGCUACAUCCUCCUCAUCCAGCUAUUGAACAUCAGCUACAACGUGACGGAGAGGGAAGCUCGGCUGGCUCUGCGGGAGGACACCGGGCGCAGGCUUCUGGGCGGGAUUGUGGUAGACACGGGCAAGUAUAACCGGGGCUUCCUGUACAACUGGGGCCAGUUCUUGACCCUGGGGUCACCCACUCCUCAGCGCUCUGCUGAAGACAUUGUAUGACCCCCCUUUCCCACUGAUCGCAGUGAUGUUCUGUGGAAGUGAAUGGCUCCUUCCACAGGGAUCCCAUUGCUAUUCCCUACUGACUUGGAGGCUGGGCCCAUCAUUGGUGUCUUAAGAGGCAUUAAAGUACAGAUAGCUCUCGUACACCAGAGGUCAAAAGUAGGGUGCAGAAUGAAUUUAGCCAUAUGCACCAACCGGGAGACGAAAUCACACUCCUCCCCCACCUGCCUCCACACAGAGAAAUUAUGCAGAAUUCAGCAAGAUUAACAACAGCACAAGACUUUGAGAAUGUGGGAACUCCACAUCUGGAUUUCAGAGCCAAGAUAAUCAAAUGCCAGGCUUCAGGCCUCGGCUGGACACUGCAGGGGUCAGGACAGACUCCCCUCUCUUACCCAUGUGCAGCAUUUCACAAAUGAUGUGAUGCCUUCUGCUGAUGAGGCGAACUAUGUGUACCAAGAGCAAGCUAUUUCAAGAGACAGAAUCGCAAUUAUAAUGGACCAAGGGGAAGAUGUUUAAAAGGGGCUUUGUCUCAUGGUAGCUUCAAGAACCAAUUAGUACCUCUCUUCUCUCUUGUGGGCAUAUUUUUCAAUCUUCCAUUCCAUCCUAUCCAUAAAGCUGCAUCAGCUGUUAGUGCUUCUCUUAAGUGCCUUUGUGAGCAGUACAUAUAUAGGGCUGUUUGAGGUCCUGUCCUCUCUUAGCCCUCCCCAAAGGGACUAUUCCAUCUGUGUGUGAGGGGGAGGACUGGUCCUGCCUCUGUGCCAGUGAUUUCUUCCCUUUACUUCUCUGAGUUGAUCCAAGAGCUUGACUCCCUUGAAAUAUUUUUGUUCCAUUAGCAAUUGCUAGCAUCACACAGCUGGUAAAUAUUUUCCAAGUAAGAAAGCUGUAAGUUCCCAAGUAGCUGUUACUCAUUCUGGGGCAGUGGCCCAGGUGGGAAGUAAAUAGACCCUUGUCUGCUGCUGCUACUGGCUUGUGAUAUCCCUCCCUGUGAUGAGAGAGGAAUAAUAGUACUCCUGGGAGAUGGCUCACUCUCUUCCCGCAAUCAUUGAGAAUGUGCUCUACCCCCAGUAGACCUGUUUCUCAAAGGAACUGGAGAGGCAAGAUUCCACUCGGAGGCCUGGGGAUGAGCGGAGGGUUUGUUGGCCUCUCAGAAGACUGCUGAAUGAAAAUGUUGGUUGCCGUGUUGUAUAGUCAGGAUAUUAGAGAGACAAGGUGAGUGAGGUAAUAUCUUAUUGGAUCAUCUUCUCUUUGGUGAGAGACAAGCUUUCAAGCUCAUGUGACCUGAAGAAGAGCUCUGUGGAAGCUCAAAACCAUGCCUUUCACCAAAAGAAGUUGAUCCAAUGAAAAAUAUUACCUCCCCCACUGUGUCUCGCAAAUGAAACUGUUGGCGGGGGUUACAGUGGGGUUGCUAGAGGCCCAUGUGGACUGAGUGCACCUGCCUCUCAACCACACAUAGGUGGGUUCCACUUUUAGCUGAAAUCACAACUGAUGUCAUUUGGCAGAUCUUAUCCCAAGCCCUGUUUGUGCGUGUUGUAAACACCACUGUAAUUUGAUAUGCCUGGCUAGAUAAGCCCUGGGCUCGGAGAGCAUUGGAGUAUUGUAGAUCUCGACUGAGAUGCACAGGCCGAGCUGGGAGGAAUCUCACUCUAAUUAUUGUGUGUCCACUCCACAAAAACAGUCACUGAGUGGCCCCCUUGGUGGCAGACAGACCAAGGACUGAUUGGAGACUUGAACUCCCCUCUCCUUGCUUAGAGGUCAUCUCUUUAGGGGAGGGUUGAUACAGUGUAUUACCAAAGGGGGGGGGGAGAGGAGAGAUAGCAGGGCAAGCUUUCCCUCCCCAUCUUACUGUACAUUCAGCCCCCAGUCUGCUGGUCUGUCAUCUUUCACCAUCACCGUACCCACUCAUGAUACAAUGCCCAAGUUGAAGUCGAUAUGCCCCUCUUUGCACUGUUCUGUUGCUUGCUAAAGUGGCAACUUCUGUGCCCCAGAGCAUAAUUAAUGAGCCUUAGGAACAGCUGUGCUUGGAGCCCAGUGACAUGGAAAGAGCUGCUGACUGGUGCAGUCCCCUUUUUGUGAUCACUUUAAAAGGGAGAAACCUCUGUCUCUAAUCAGAGGGAAGGAAAGAAGAAAAUCAAGAGAUGUGGAGACCUCUGGCCCUUUAUUAUCCCCAUUUCAAUGAGAAAGCAGUCACAUGGAUCACAAUAAUCAUGCCAGGGGAUGAGCAUGAUGAUCUGACUUCUCUGGGGACUGGAGUUAUGCUCACAUCAAGAGCUUGCCUCAAUGCUACUUAACUGCAAAUGUGUCUGUAGCAGAAAUACAUUUAGAGGAGCUGUGGGGAGCCUAGAUGGAGGGGUUCUGUGUCAUGCAGUGACCUCUCACAAACCUGUCCUGUUGGGAACUUGGAAAGGUUGAGAUAAUGUUGCCUUCUGGGCACAAAAAAAGCCACUAGAGGGCAUGUGGUGUAGAGCACAGAACUAGGAACCAGGACCUUGGGCAAGUCACCUAACCUCUCCAUGCUUCAGUUAACCCCUCUGUGAAGUGGGAAUAAAACUCUGAACUAGUGUGUGUUUACCAGUGCUAUCUAGUGGGUGGAAUUGGAGCUGCUCAACUGCGUGUCGGGCCCAAACAGAGCUUCAAGUGGUUAGAGGCCUGUGUUGUUGCCGCAGGAGGAUCUGAAUUCUAUUCCUACUGCAUGGAAGUUCUAAGUGGCCAUAGAAUGCACUCUGGUGGCAAAUGCACUCUCUUAAAUGGCCACCUUCUUGUUUACAGUCCUAGUCUUCCUCAGAGCGGAUUACCUCAUGAAUGUCUUUGGAGGGGGAAAGCACAAUGUUAACUUUUUGCUCUGUGUUUCUACAGUGCCUAGCACAAUGGGGUUCUGGUCUAUGACUGGGGCUCCUAGGCACUAUAGCAAUAUAAAUACUAGUAGCAGGAAGUAUGACCAUGAAGAGGACAGAACAGCAUGAGCUUCAGAUUUACUUGGGUUUGGAGUUUCCUUUGAGUAAACUCAGUGCAACAGAAAGUCCAAGAAGGGCAAUGCCCCCCUUUUUCAUUUCCAUUGAGCGUGGAUUAUCUCACAUUCUUUGCUUUAACCUUGUCUCAUUGAUUAAGGGUGGGCAAACUUGCAGCAAAAUGUUAAAAUCCACCACAGUACUGGACAUGAAGAGAGUGUCUUGGGGCUGUGAAAAAGGGAUAGAGAUGCAGUAAAGCAAGGCAGGCUGGUGAGGGAUAGUCAUGUGAGUAAUGAUAGAUGGGGAGCAUGCUGCAUUUGACAGAUGAGCUGCAGGGUGGGCACCCAGCUGGGUCCAACAGAUGCUUAAAUGUAAGCUCCUUGGGGCAGGGAGUAGCCACUUACUUGUCUGUAAAUUGUCAUGCAUACACAACAAUGAAGAAAUCAUUACCAUUCUGGCCCUUUAAAGGCUCUCCUGAGCAGCAGAAGAGGCAUGUCUAGAGUUGGUAAAAGACUGGGGACUCUAGCAAUUUUUUAAAUUGUUUUUCCUGGUUUUCUGCCUCAACAUUUUGAAAUGUAAAAAAAGGGGUGGGGGGAGAUAACUCAGUGGUUUGAGCAUUGGCCUGCAAAACCCAGGGUUGAGAGUUCAAUCCUUGAGGGGGCAAUUUAGGGAACUGGGGUAAAAAUCUGUCUGGGGAUUGGUCCUGCUUUGAGCAGGGGGUUGGACUAGAAUGAGGUCCCUUCCAACCCUGAUAUUCUGAUUCUAUAUCCCACUCUGGUAGCAUCCUUUUUAGAGACUUUCUGUGCUAUUGAGUGAGAUUCACUUUACAGACCAGGAAGAAUUUUAAAGGGGUAGGACUGUCCUAAUACUACUAGAAUUGCAGAUACCAGCGUGCUUUUUGGUGAAUUUAGUGAAAGCUGUUGCCCAGUUAGAUGCAUGGUAUGAGCGACAACUUGGCACUCUGCCGUAACUGCCACUUGUCAAUUUUGCAUUCAUGCUCUGGUAGAUGAGUGACUUUUUUUUUUAAGACCAUUUCCUGACUCUCACCUUUACCCAAAUGACUGAAGUCACUGCUGACCAAGAAAUGCCAGAGAUUCCAAUUACAUUUCAGACUCCAUGCUGUAAUGGUGCUUUCCCCUUCAAAAUAGACUGCUUUCAAGUGUCUUAAAAAAAUCAUGUGCUGUAAAGUUUCUUCUCUAGACAAAUGAAUUCUGCCUACUGUCUUAAUAAUCACAUGCUCUAUGACUUCCUUCUCUGUAUAAAUGCAUAUUGCCUCAUUAGAGCAGGAUGUGUGUGUGAUUAUGGAUGUAUUUUCCCUAUCUCUACUAUGUUUUCAAUGGAAGCAUCUGCUCCCUAGGACUUUCUUCCACCACAAGGAUGUUUGUCAAGUGAAAACCCUGCAAGGGACAAGGUGAGAUCCUUCCUGAAAUCAGGAAUCUGACUUCCCAAGAGUUUACAUCUUUCGGGAAAUGGUUUUAAUGGUAAAAUGAAAAAUACAGGGUCUGAAAGAAGAAUUGUUUCUAACUUGAUGUUUUUUUCCUAAAUAAAUGUGAAAUGCUGUAGGUGUGAGCUUUAUUAAAAGGAUUGUAUGGAGUGGCCACUUUGUAACAUGCCCAGCAUUUGCAGAGAGGUGUAGUUAUGAGUUCAAAUAAAUAAAAACUAUCUAUAGAGUG